CUCUCUCCUUCUCUCUCUCUCUCUCUCUCUCUCAUUCUUCUUUCAUCUCUCCCCACUUCUUUCGUUCGAUCCUCUCCAAUGGAUCUUCUUUCGUAGGAAGGAUCACUUGUGGUGUUUCGAAAUCGUUGCGAAACUGAACUGUUUAUGAGAUCGAUGCUUCAUGCGGAGGCGUUUCGCGUGACGUGUGCUCGAUAUCAGUGUGGUGUUCUGACCUUGAUUCGUAAUCGUACAGAAACAUCUUUUACACGCGUUAACUGUUUGCCAUUUGGAGGUUAUUUGAACGAUUAGAGCGAAUAUUUUGUGAAAGGAUCGAGACCAAAGCAACCACGUGGACGUAGACAGUGUAUUUCUGAAAUAGUAGUUUGAUACAAGUAAACAGGAAGUGACCAUUGAAGUUAUCUGUGGCUUAUAGUGAAAAAUAAAAGUGAAAAGAUCAUCAGCAUUUGGCUGUUGAUCAAGAAUACAUCUGGAAAACGAGGCCGCGAUCAGAUGUCUGGUAUAUCACACUGCCUAUAUAUGCACGCAUGCGAUAUAGAAGUGGCGCAGAAGUGAUGCAUGGAUGCGAGUCAGUGUCUCCAGUAUUCUUAAAGAGUGCUAUUUAUACUCCUGACUGCACAAGCUAAAAGAACGGCUAAAGGAGCGGGUUCCUCAAUAAGGCAGCAGGUCGGUGAUCGGGUCUAAGAGGGAAGGAGAGGGGAGAUAGAGAGUGUAGAAAGAAAGGAAGGGUGACAGCGUUUAGAGGCCAGGGUGUUAAAGCACACUUGGGUGCAGGGGUUUCGAGGUAAGAGAGAACGAAAGAAAAAGUACGACGAAAAAAAGAGAGAGAGAGAAAAAAGAAAAACUGGUUGGUGUCCGGCUCUAUAUGUUAUGAUUGGGAGUGAAAAGACGGGAAGAUGCUCGAGGUUCAGCAAACGGAGUUUUUAAGAGAGGGAGAAGCCUGCAACUCUCCUGUCGACUUACUACAUCCUGAUUCGACCGGAACUUCCGUUUCCGAGCGGAAGUCCGCUGAGAGAAGCGUCUCCUUCAAUCGAGACGUCCACGUCAAGAGGAUCGGACGUGGAGCAUCCCGCGUGACCGCGGCUCUGGUAGGAGAUGGCGAAGGCAGGUUGAUCACCACCCCGAUCCAUAAGGAGAGCAUAGCGUCGAGGAGCAAGGAGGAUCUAGCCCAGGAGGCGGCGCUGGUGCUUCAACAAGCGGGCAGCCUUCAUUGCGUCGCUCACGACAACAGACGAUUGCCAGGUCGUUUCAGCACAUUGCCGGUGCGUCGUAACAAAAAAAGGCCGGAACUGCCGCUCGAUGUGAGACGAAAAAGCGAAGAAAUAACCGCGAGCAAUACUGAUCUUAUCGACAUACCGAGGAUAAAGAAGAAAGCAUUAGAGAGAAGUAUCAGCGAUGCAAACACGAAAAAACUGAGAAGUCCGUUGGCCAAGUUCUUCUCCCCGAAGUUAGAAAGGAAGCACAAGCCGGUGAGUCGUAGCGUGAGUGACGCGGCCAACUCGUUACGAUCCCAUCGCAAGAGGAGCGGCAGCGAGAGCGAAGGGUCGCAUUUAGAGAGUAAUCGAGUGAAGAAGCAACUAUCCCCUAUUAUCGAAGCGUCGCCUCACGUUGAUCAACAACCUUUUCAUUUUGGUUUGAAGAUCGAAAACGGUGAGAAUAGGCCGGAACCAAAGAAGUGGAAACAAGAGGAAAUCACCGAUGCCGGAAAGGUGACGGAACAUACAGAAACGGUGACAUCGAGAGAAAAGAUCGAAGAGAAUAUCGGGAAGCCACCGAUAUCGUCGAAGAAAGAGAACAAGGGAAUCGUAAGACAUAUACCCAUCCAGUUGGAGGUGGACGAUAAGAAAAGGAACGAGGAGGAGAGGGAGCGAAAGGAAGAAGAAAAGACAGCUGGCCCGAUCCCUUUGUCAAUCAUAAAAAACACUGGAUUCGACGAAGUAGACAAAAUCGAUACGAGUAGCAUGCUGCACAGCAGCCGAUACGAUCUCCAACAACGAUCUACCGAAGAGUCAACGAUACAUAAGAUGAUUCAUCGAUUAUCCAGCGAUCGGUCACCGCCACCGCAAUUGACCAAAACAAUGGUCUCGUCUGGCCCAGGAUUCGGUCAUAACAACAAUCGGCCAUUCUCUUACACUAGACCGAACGAAUGUUGCGGCACGCCGUCCCCGCGUGAAACUAAUGUGAUUUACGCUCAAGUGCAGACCGACAAGAAAAAGGCGCAAAGAAGUCAUUCGGAUAGCGACGAGGGGCUUGGCCGAAGAAAAGAUUCGUCGCGUGAAACUAGUCCAGCCGAGAAGGAAUAUCGUAGAAUGGAUUUCCCUUAUAACAAUGAACUGCGGCGCAACAACGAAAUCAACACGUUCAAAUCUAGAUACGAAGAGGAUAGAAAGAACGACGAUACCCGUUUCACCAAUCGUUACGUUGGAACGGAAGAUUACGCGAGCAGAAACGUGGACACGAAACGGCGCCACGAAUUAAACGACAUGGACAGACGUCUAUACGACAAACCUGAAAAGUAUACAUCUACGAUAUUCGUAGAUACCUCUGGUCGUGGUAGGGCAGACGGUACGGACGCUAGACAGCAACGAGAUAACAACGAAUUUUCUGCCAGACAGGUGCCGAGCGGAAUAUCAAACAAGACGUCCGAAUUAAGCGCGAGACGUGAUCUUCUUGAAUCUAGAAUCAAGUCGAGACUGCUCGCGGACGAGAUGUUCGCCGCGAAGAACAGCACACCGAAGAAAUCCGAGCACGAGAUUAUCGACAAACCGAUCGUUCCAUCACCGAUCACUCCUAAUCGCGUUGCCUCGCCUAAACGUUACAUGGAUACGUACAUCACGGAGACACGCACCAACAGCAAUGGAGAGAAGUAUAUUUUUGAAAAGGAGAUCCACGAAGACAACGGUAAAGUGUACGGAUACGAGAAAAAGAUCACGAAUAAAAUUCCAUCGGAUGGAUACAUCGAUACGAAACCGCGAGAUGGGUAUACAGUCGAAACGAGAACGGAUAAAUAUGGGGACAGGUAUAUCGUUGAGACGCGAAUGCACGAGGGUUAUGCGAACGAUUUCAAGCCAAACUUUCUUAGUGACAGGAAUAGAGCCAGUCCGGAAGAUCGGUACCAACCAUCUAGAAAUUUAAUCAGUCCCUACAAGUCGUCUAAUCAUCUGCUGCCCGAAGAGACCACCGUUACUCAUCACUUUCGAACCGAAUCCAGAGAGAACAAUUUUCUUUCUUCGCCCAUAAUCGCAAAGAAAUUCACCACGACGGAAAGAAAAUUCUCCAAAAGCGAUGAUUUUUUGGAUAGAGAUGCUCGACCGAGGGACGAGUACCUCCCUAAGAAGAAGAAUUUCGAGUUGAUCCGUGGUAUGAGCAAAUCCACGCAACGUUUGGACGAAGUAGGUGAGAAUUCGCGAAUCAAAGCUCUAAAAAGUGAGUACACGACUAGGUCGCACGAGAACUUAACCAGCCACGCAGAUUACAUAAACACCAGAGAUGUGCGUCGACCUCUUUUAGAUAGUCCCACUGUGAACAGACGGAGGGAACAAUCACCGUUUACGAAAAGACACUUGGACAGCUUACGCGAGGGACCGAACGACGAUUACGAUACCGACAUAUCUCAGAUGACUAGUAGCCAGCUAGAAUCAAAAUACUACAAAGAGACGCGCACCACUCAACGAUAUACGAAUAGCAAGCACCCGAUUCACGAUGAUUACGACAGUUCUCCGUCUAGGAUACGCACCGAUCGCGGAGGUUACAAUUCGAGCAGAUACGAUUCCGACACUACGGCCAGAGAUUCGAUCCGUUGCGAAACUCGAUACGACGAAACCUCACGAACGUUGAGAAAGGAACAUCGAAAAUUGGACGAGGAUUCGAAGAAACCUUCACGGAGAUCCCGCGAUCAAUUGGAUUAUUUCGACGAUUCGGACGCCAGAGAAAGUCUACACGUGAAGACGACUAUUGGACGAUUAGAGCCAUUCGACGAAAGUCCGACAAGACCUCCGAGAACUUAUCACGAUAAUGGCAAGUCGAAACACACGAAGCAAGACAUCAGAACGCAUACUGAACGAAGACAUCGCGAGACUCGGCUCAAUGACUCUGAUCGGAAGGAUCGUUUGGCCGAUUCCGGGAUCGAAAAUGACUACAGGCGCGACUCGCAAGAAGUCGAUCGAAGGGAACAAAUCGAAUCGGAGGACGAGGGUUUUGUUACGAGGCAAUUCAUCAAAUACGAGAAACGGCACACUGAUCGUAGCAUGAAUUUAACACCUCCCGAGCAACGAAAAUACGAUAAAUAUUCGAACGAUAUGUUAAAAUCACCGCCGGUCACCACGAAACCACCGUCAGGCGCAGAUAAGAAAUACGAGAAAAAGGCAGCAAAGAAGAGCGGUACGAUGAGCAAGGUAAAGCAGCUUAGUAAGAAGGAGAAAAAAGCAAAGGAAGAGAAGAACAAGAAGAAUGCAAGAAGCAGCAGCAGUGGAGCCCUUACGGACGACGAAGUGACGAUCAGAUACAAAGAAUAUCGAGGUGAUCAACUGAGAAGCGCGAAAAGUACGCGAGACUUGGGCAGUGAUAUCAAUCAGAUAAACCGGACAGACUGUAUAUAUGAAGAAUACGAAGGAAGUGCACCAUACUUGUAUUAUGCAGAUCAUUUCGCGAUAUGGACUAUUCAUUGCGAAUCAUUUUAGAAUUUAUAUGGAGGAAUAUAGUCAGCGUAGACGUCUAUCUACUCCGAGCGACAGUCCCAGUCCUCCUAGAACAACGAGACUUUCUAGAUCUACAGGUACAUUGACUAGAGAAGAGGAAUCCUUUUGCGAAUCAAAUAACACUCUCAC